AUGAAAUACUUCCGCUUCCCGCCGCUUCUCCACGGAGGCGAAGUCCACACCGUUGAUAUCGACCCCACCAACGAAUGGCUUGCUACGGGAGGCUUGGACCAUAUCAUCAACAUCUGGAAACUUUCUGAUCUCGUCAACUUAGCCAGAAUACUGCCAUUAGAAAAGAACGAAGAUAAUCAUCAGACCUUCAAUAGCAUUUCACCCGUAUACACCUUGAAAACCCACAAAGCUGUAGUUUCCACGAUCAAGUUUUCUCCUAAAAACAGUAAAGAGCUUGUCUCGGCAGACACGAAGGGAAAUAUCUACUUGCACAACCUUGAAAAGAACAGCCAAACCCUUCUCUAUCCUUUCAAUGAGGAACAGAAAGCCUCUGUAGUUGACUUAAGCUGGUCGAUGGAUUCUCGUCUUGUAGCCUGGAGCACCAUUGAAGGUAAAGUGAAUGUCAUAGACGUUACAAAGAAUACGUUUCAGGAAUUGACGGAAUUGACCCAUUUGGAAAAACUUACCGUUCAAAGAAGCAUUGCCUUUGAUCCUACUAACAACUAUUUGAUCACUUUGGGUGACGAUACAUUGGUUUACUUGUACCAGUACACGUAUGAUACUGCCUUGGACAACUACCAGUUUCGCUUGAUCAACAAGAUCUCCCGUCUCAUCAACAAAAAUCCCAUAAACGUAAACUACAAGCGGAUCUCGUGGUCUCCAGAAGGUGAACUUCUUUCAGUUCCAACAGCCUCAAAAAAUCAGACUUCGUUAAUCUCGUUGAUUUCUCGUUCUAAAAACUGGCAAAACAGAAUCAGCUUGGUAGGACAUGGGCUUGCAUGUGAAGUAGUACGAUUUCAUCCCAAAUUCUUGCGAGAAGGGACUGAUGAUACCGCUUUCUAUAAUGUGAUUGCUACCGGAGGCUCAGACAAGACCUUGGCCAUAUGGAACACUUCUAAAGAUACACCCGUAGUCGUCUUACAAGACGUCGUCGACAAGCCAAUACUUGAUCUUGUAUGGGAUAAAACAGGUACUUCUUUGAUUGUUGCUACGUUAGAUGGACAUUUAGGAAUAGCUUCGAUCGAAAACAACGAAUUGGGUCACGAGAUAUCGCAAGACAUGUUGGAAGAGCUAAAGAAAUUCGACCAAGAAUACAUAAAGCCUAUAAACCAUAAAUAUGAACACGAUCAACUGACGACAAGAAGAGGUGAAAAACACCAGAUCGAGUUAUUGGAUCAGAAAGACGCUAAGAGCACGAUACAUAGCGAACAGAAUGAAGAAAAAGACCAAAACAAGGAUGAACUGAGUGAGAAAGAAGCAAACUCCAGUCCAACUAAUAGUCAGCCUGAGGCUAUAAGUAAUGGACCCAUAGAACCAUCAGUCAUACCUCCACCAAACAUGACAGAACCAGACACUUCAGCGACGGAUAUCUUACAUUCUGCCAUGAGCAGCAGGCAAUCAAAAUCUACCACUAGUAAAACGACCAAGACAGCAAAGACUACCUCCAUAGCAUCGGCAUCUUCAAUUACCGUGCCACCUUCAGAUUCGAAAAGCGCCCAGAAGCAGGAAGUAACCACGAAAAACGGGAAACGUAGAAUUCAGCCUAUGCUUAUUUCGAACAACGGAACCACGAAACCUGCCAUAGCUUCAUCUGAAUCAAGUUUGGGUAACAAUUCAACGGUCCAGUCGUCUUCAAAAUCUCUAAUGGAAUUUGACAAGCCUUCUUAUUCAGUUGAAGAAGACUUCUAUAAACAGAACAAGAGGUUGAAAGCACAAGAAGAAGCUGGCUCCAAUAAGAAAAUUAAACGUGAACUCGAACCAGUUAAAUUUAUUGGAUCAGUUAUCACAAAUCCUAAUACUACUUUUUCAAAGGUGAGACUUUCAGUUCCCAAAGUAAGAUUAAACUUUCAGAUUCUGAGCAAAUUUGAUGGUGAAGUCUUCAUAAUGGAUAUCAAGAAUGGAACUGGAAACGAGACUAAACCUUCCAGAAUCACAUACUUCAAAAAAGACAAGCAGCUUUGGUGCGAUUUUAUUCCGAGAUACAUCCAAUUGGCUGUCGAGGGGUCCAAUUUUUGGGCAUUGAGUACUUCCGAUGGUCAAAUUUUGACUUAUUCCCAUACAUCAGGUAAAAGAUUGUUACCUCCACUAGUUCUUGGAUCGCCUGUGUCUUUCCUUGAAAGUCACAGUAAGUACCUUAUGGCCGUAACAUCUUUGGGCGAAUUGUUUGUUUGGGAUUUAGAAAAGAAAAAGAUCGAGUUGUCUACUUCGUUGACUCCAUUAUUGGAACUCAGUAGCAAAUAUCAUGAAGAUGGUUUGUCCAAGUCAGAUAACAUCACCCUAUGCGCUGUCACAUCUGCUGGAAUUCCAUUAGUGACGCUAUCGAAUUGCUCAGGGUAUCUCUUCAACAAAAAUUUAUGCAUUUGGCAGACAAUUACAGAGUCGUGGUGGUCGUUUGGUUCUCACUAUUGGGAAAGCAAUGACGAGAACAGCAAAAAGCCUCAAACAUCGAACUUGUUUGGUGAAGAAGCUUCCAUUAUUGAACUAUUGGAACAUAAAACCAACGAAGAAAUUAUUAGAAAAACGAGAACUGGACGAGGCAAGUACUUCAACAAGAUCUCAAAAAACAUGAUAAUGAAGGAAGGAUUUGAAAAUCUUGAAAACACCAUUUCAAUUAGCCACUUGGAAAAUAGGAUAUUAUGCUGUGAAUUGCUAGGUGAGUUUAAGGAUUUCAGAAGAUUCUUCUUGACAUACGUUCAAAGAAUAUGUGAAUUAGGCUACAAAACGAAACUAUUUGAGGUUUGUGACGAGCUUUUAGGGCCAGACAGCCAACAAGAAACAGAUGUCAAUUCCAGGUCGGCUUCAGGAUGGUCUUCUAGCAUCUGUGGAGUAGACAAGCAUGAGUUACUUAAGGAAGUCAUUCUACUAUGUGCCAAACAUAGAGAUGCGCAACGUAUUCUUAUUCAUUUUGGUAAGAAGAUCGGCGUGGUUAAUGACGUUUUGUAAUAUGUACGAUAACAUUUAACUAUUUACAAUGUAUUAUUACUCCAAUUAUAUACAAUUUGGACUCUAUAAUUUAUAGGUGUUUGAUUCAUCCCACUCUUUGUCACCUAGCAAACCGCCCACUUGACCUUGUUGAUUGUUAAUCAAGUCUUUAGGACCAGCAACAUAGCUUACGUACCCUUCUGGUCCACAUACUAACGAUAAACUUGGCGAUGUUUUUUGUUCCUUACUGGUGGCUAUAGCUUGUUGUAUAGCAUUUACAUAUCUUGGAGCUCUUUCUUCGUUCAAUUGUACCUUACUUUGAAUUGUUGGUUCCUCUCCCUCCAAAAUCGACAUUCUCAACUUCAAAGCUUCUUCGGGCGUAAGGUCAGCUUCCUUCUGUUCUAAUUUUAGAGGGCUAGUAUACGCACUUUUAGAUGGCUUUGAAACGUCCUUAGCUGUUAGGAUAGUCUUAUUCUCGGAAUCGUAAUGGCGAAUCAAUUUAAUUCUGUCUAACUUUUCCAAAAAGAAAAGGAAUCUCUCUAAUGGCUCCAAUUCCCCAGGUUUUUGGGCUGAGUAGUGAAUGUUGACAAAUCCCCUGUACGGAUUACGAGAAAGCAAGACUUGAAGAAUAGGAGCUAUACCAGUUCCCGCAGCAAAAAAGUUUAAAUUAUCGAAAGCUGGUAAGUCGUUGGCCUUUAUAGUCUUUUGAAGCAAGUGUUCAGGUUCAAUUUUAGAAGGAAGAUCACGAAAUAUUGGUCUAGUAUGGUAAUUUUUAAGGGGAUGGUAAGGAAAUCUGUACUCCACAUUAGGACCUCUCAAUUCGAUUUCUUCU